AUGGCCAUUGAAACCAUCAACGCAGAGACUCGCGCAGUAAUUGCAGAUCUCAUUCAGCUCCGGGAACAGUUUAUCAAAAACCGUCUCAUCUUCGUGAAAGGGACACGCCUGAUUCCCAUUCUCAAGCUGCUUGGCGCCACCGACCACGAUCUGGAGAAGAUGAAGACGGUGAGUAACACUUUACGCGACGACCCGACUCUUCCAUUCCGGAAAAGCAAGAAUGGGCGCUUCUGCUUCGACUUCGAGCAGUCGCAAGUCCGUCGUCUCGAAUUCCAGCCCUUCGCCUUAUCCGUCGAGGAAGAUUUCGUGCGCCACGACUCCGGCCAAAUCAGAGAGUUCCAAGAGGUCGACGAAGAUCUCCAGGGCAACUCGACCUUGCAUGCUCUGUUCGUCUUCAAGGCCCUGAUCUUCCGGGGCGUCCCCAUCAAACAACGCCCAAAGCUGAACUACAACACGGAAAACUUCGUGUGUACGCUCUUCAACCUGCGGACCGUAACCAACCAGGAUCUUGUAGGCGAGCCCGCGCUGGAGGGGGUGCACAGUGAUGGAGUCGACUUUACCAUGACGACGUUCCUGGGCAGCGAGAACAUGACCGACGACAGUGCAGUGACUUUUGUGCAUGACAUGCGUGCCCCGAACGCCUUGCGUUGGAACAAAGUCAACCCGGAGUAUACGCUGGGCAGUCAUCAGCACCGAGAUUUCUUGGACACAUUGCUCUUUGUCGAUCACGAGAGGAAGCAUAGCCUGUCUCCCCUUCACGCGGUCGACCCUGAACUCCCUGCCACCCGCGACAUGCUCAUCUUCUUCACGCGGAAGCCAGUGGUUGAGGGACAUAUCUCACACCCCUAUGAUUCGUUGAACUCCCACGGCUCCCUUCCUAUGCAGGUGGAGUUGGCGUAG